AUCUUAAUAAGUCCAACACCUCACCACCUUUGGUUUAGAAGUCAUUUCACUGUGUAACCGUGGUGUUUAUCUCCAUCAUCGAAGAAUAUCCAGUCGUCAUGAGGACCAUUCACAUCCUUCUGCUCUGCAUCCUGGGAGCUGCACUGUUUUCUCCAGUGCUCUGCAACAAUGCAUUCGGUCCUACCAAUUGCUGCUUCAAUUACCACACAAGAAGAAUACAGAAGAGCUUGAUCACCUCAUAUUACAGGGCUGAUGAACGUUGCGCCAUGCCUGCAACCAUUUUGGUGACACAAAAGUCUCGUUACAUCUGUGUGAAUCCGACUGAUCCCUGGGUUGUGAAGAUCAUGAACGAACUGGACAACAAGUCCCUUUAAACCUGACGCCUGCUUCUCUGUGACGACGCCUUCAUGGUGCAUAAGCCAACCAUUUGCUAUUUACAAUACUUAAAAUGCAUUGAAGCCUGAGUUUGUUCAUUAACCUGCAGCUCUGUUAGAAGUCAUUAGAGUUGUUUUUUUUUUUGUUUGUUUUUUUUUGCUUUCAGUCAUUUUGAGUCUGAACUGACUCACUGAGAAAAAAGUCCAAUUCUUGGAUGCUUUGUAAUAUCCUACUUUAUAAACCAUGUGCGAAUAAAAUUGUGAGCAGUGUGAAAA